AUGGAGCCAUUCCGCAUGUCGCAGCUGCAGCAGGCAGGCAGCUCCCACUUUGUACGUACCGUGAACCCCUCCAUUCUCCAGAUUCGGCCCAAAACCAAGGCCAAGGCCGUGAGCUGGCUGCGCUCGGCCGAUGCUGCAGACUCAAACCAGUUACCAGACCAGACCAGACAAGACACCGGACCAUGUCUCUACCGCAACUCUGAGUCUCUUGACACCUUCAACCGCGAUGACGCCGUAUGCAUAGCAGCUUCAAACUCCUACAAGGCACCCAAGCUCACCUAA